UCCUGCUACUCUCUCCCUCUUCCUUCGUCUUCGCGAGGUUUGAACUCGCGGCAAUGGCGAGUCCAGAAGAAGCUAAGCUCGACGUCUUCCUCGCGUGGCUUCAGGCGAACGGAGUUCAGCUGCGAGGUUGCGGGAUCGAGUACUGCGAUUCCACUAAAGGCUAUGGCGUUUUCGCGUCCGGCGACGAUCGCGACGGAGUUUUAAUGGUUGUUCCGCUAGAUUUAGCCAUUACUCCUAUGAGAGUGUUGCAAGAUCCUCUUCUUGGACCUGAAUGUAGAGCAAUGUUUGAAGAAGGAGAAGUUGAUGACAGAUUUUUGAUGAUCUUAUAUUUGACGGUAGAGCGACUUCGCAAGAAUUCUCCAUGGAAGCCGUACCUGAAUAUGCUUCCAACCAAGUACAACAGUCCUCUUUGGUUCACUGAUGAUGAAUUUUUGGAGUUGAAGGGGACAGCUUUACAUCGUGCGACCCAGCUGCAGAGAAAACAAUUGCUGUCUUUAUAUGAGGAUAAAGCGAAGGGUUUGGUGAAGAAACUCCUUGCUCUUGCUGAGGAUUCAGAAAGUGAUGUUUGUUUUGAAGAUUUUCUGUGGGCCAAUUCUGUUUUCUGGACUCGUGCUUUGAAUAUUCCUUUUCCACAUUCUUACGUAUUUCCAAAAGAGGAAGAUGAUCAGGAUGCAGAUCACUGUCAAGAAAACACUAACGGUGCUUCAGGUCAUGACGUGCCAUGCGGAGUAUCGGCUGAUAUGGAGGAGCAAAGGAGACAACAUACUGAAGCAUCCACUUCAAUACAUGAAGAAAAGGUCUGGGUUGAGGGCCUUGUACCUGGCAUUGACUUUUGCAACCACGAUUUUAAGCCUGGAGCAACAUGGGAAGUGGAUAACUCAGGAUCAACAACCGGAGUUCCCUUCUCUAUGUAUCUUCUUUCAGCUCUGCAGGAGCCAUUUGAAAAUGAAAAAGAGGUCCGCAUCAGUUAUGGCAACAAAGGCAAUGAGGAACUUUUAUACCUCUAUGGAUUUGUGAUUGAUAACAAUCCAGAUGAUUACCUCAUGGUGCAUUAUCCCGCAGAGGCAAUUCAAAGCAUUUCCUGUUGUGAUGCUAAAAUGCAGCUUCUUGAUGCACAGAAAGCUGAACUCAGGUGCCUUCUACCUAGAAAUUUAUUGGAUCAUGGCUUCUUCCCAACGAGCUCUUCUGAAAAGGGAGGAAGCAGCAAAUGUGAAGCAGAUAGAGGAGUAUGCAGUUAUAGUUGGAGUGGCCAGCGAAGGAUGCCUUCAUACAUAAACAAGUUGGUUUUUCCUGAAAACUUUUUGACUGCCUUGAGGACCAUUGUGAUGCAAGAAAAUAACCUUUCUCAAGUUUCAGAGUUUCUGGAAGAGCUUGUUGGAUCUGACAAGAAGGGGCAACCGUCGGAUACAGAAGUCCGGGCAGCUGUGUGGGAGGUUUGUGGUGAUUCUGGAGCAUUGCAAUUGCUUGUUGAUCUUCUUCAAACAAAAAUGAUGGACUUAGAAGAAGGUACUGGAACUGAGAGUUUUGAUGCUGGACUGCUUGAAAAAUUCCACAUCUCAGAAAAUCCCGAGCAGCACACGGUGCUCGAGAAGGUUCAAAGGGACUCGAAUGGCUUGACGCCACAGAAUGUGGCCACUAGAAAUAAAUGGUCCGCGAUCGUGUACCGGCGAGGGCAAAAAGAACUAACCCGGUUAUUCUUGAGGGAAGCAGAACAUGCGUUGCAUCUAGCCCUGACUGAAGGAGAACGAGUGCGAGACCAGAAAGCAUGCAAGCCCCUAUGAACUUGAUGGUGUUGCUGUUGGUGAAUGGUAUGAGGAUGAUGAACGAGAGGAGAGGCGCACUUCCGAACACAAUGAAGGAGACGAAGGUCACGAGCCCAUUCUUCCAUGGCUUCUCUUCUUUAUCAGGCGGAAGCAUCCCCUUUUGAGCCAUCAUCUUCUCGUCCACCAGUAUGUCCUUGUAUUUCGAGAAUAUAUUCACGACCUGGUCAAAUGCAAGUCUCGUCCGUGAAGAACUGACAACAUGGAACUAGCAUACUGCAUGAAACCCGCCUUACAACUACUAUAUAUGCUGUGAAUUUAGACACCAAA